GCCGGCCGGCAGUGGGGCGGGAACUGGGCGGGGCAGGCCGUGCCGGGCGAGCAGCAGAGCUCUGGGCUCCGGAGAGGCAGCCUCGGCGGGGUCAAGGAGCGCAGCCAUGCGGAGCAGGAGCAACUCUGGGGUGCGGCUGGAUGGCUACGCUCGUUUGGUGCAACAGACCAUCCUCGGGCACCAGAAUCCUGUUACAGGGUUGCUUCCUGCCAGCUGCGACCACCCAGACGCCUGGGUCCGAGAUAAUGUCUACAGCAUCCUGGCUGUGUGGGGACUCGGGCUGGCCUACCGGAAGAACGCUGACCGUGACGAGGACAAGGCGAAAGCGUACGAACUGGAGCAGAGCGUGGUGAAGCUGAUGAGGGGCCUCCUGCAGUGCAUGGUGCGGCAGGUGGACAAAGUGGAGGACUUCAAGUACAGCCAGAGCCCCAAGGACUGCCUGCACGCCAAGUAUAACACCUGCAGCUGUGCCACUGUGGUGGGGGACGACCAGUGGGGCCACCUGCAGCUGGAUGCCACUUCCCUCUAUCUGCUAAUGCUAGCCCAGAUGACGGCCUCCGGGCUUCACAUCGUCCACAGCCUGGAUGAAGUCAGCUUUGUCCAAAAUCUCAUCUUCUACAUCGAGGCUGCCUACAAGACUGCGGACUUUGGGAUUUGGGAACGUGGCGACAAGACAAACCAAGGAAUUACAGAACUGAAUGCCAGCUCGGUGGGCAUGGCAAAGGCAGCGCUGGAGGCCUUGGACGAACUCAAUCUCUUUGGUGCCAAGGGGGGUCCCCAGUCGGUGAUCCACGUCUUGCCAGAUGAGGUGCAGCAUUGCCAGUCAAUUCUGCACUCCAUGCUGCCGAGGGCCUCCACUUCCAAGGAGAUUGAUGCCAGCCUCCUCUCGGUCAUUUCUUACCCGGCGUUUGCGGUAGAGGACAUGGACGUGGUGGAGAAGACCAAGGAGGAGAUCAUUGCCAAGCUGCAGGGCCGUUACGGUUGUUGCCGGUUCCUCCGCGAUGGCUACAGAACCCCCAAGGAGGAUCCCCAGCGCCUCUACUACGAGCCUGCAGAGCUAAAGCUCUUUGAGAACAUAGAGUGCGAGUGGCCGCUUUUCUGGACCUACCUGAUCAUCGAUGGCCUCUUCAGCGGCAAUGCGGAGCAGGUGCAGGAGUAUCGCGAAGCUCUUGAAGGGGUCCUGAUCAAGGGGAAGAAUGGGGUGCGGCUGGUACCAGAGCUCUACUGUGUCCCCCUGGAGAAGGUUGAGGAGGAAUACAGCCACCCCCACACCGUGGAUCGCCUACCCGUGGGCAAGCUGCCACUGAUGUGGGCCCAGUCCCUCUACAUUUUGGGCUGCCUCAUGGCAGAGGGGUUCCUGGCUCCGGGAGAAAUUGACCCUCUGAACCGCCGGUUUUCGACCAUUCCCAAGCCAGUGGUGGUGGUGCAGGUGUGCCUCCUGGCGGAGACAGAGGCCAUCCAGGCCAUCCUGAGCAAGGAGGGCAUUCUGGUGGAGACAGUGACUGAAGUCCACCCCAUCCGAAUUCAGCCAGCCAGAAUCCUCAGCUACAUCUACGCCCGCCUGGGCCGCAACAAGCGCCUGGGCCUCAGUGGGCGCCCCCUCCGACACAUGGGGGUGCUUGCAACUUCCAAGUUCUAUGACAUCCGGGACAACAUCUUUGCUUUCACCCCUGAGUUCAUCGACCAGCAGCAGUUCUACCUGGCUCUGGACAACCGGAUGAUUGUGGAGAUGCUGCGGACAGACCUUUCCUACCUGUGCAGCCGUUGGGGCAUGACGGGGCGCCCCACCGUCACCUUCCCCAUCUCGCAGACUAUGCUGGAUGAAACGGGGGCCAACCUCCACCCAGCUAUCCUGGCUACGCUGCGGAAGUUGCAGGAUGGGUAUUUUGGAGGGGCAAGGAUCCAGACUGGUAGGUUGUCUGACUUUCUCACCACUUCAUGCCGCACCCACCUCAGCUUCAUGGAUGCCGGGCUGGAGGGUAAGCUUUAUGCCGAUGACUAUGGGCUCAGCCUUGAGAGCUUCAGAGAUUUAGACCCUGAGGACUGGAUGCAUGGCUUUCAGUUGGCAGAAGAUGCUGACCUCUGUGAUGAUGUUGCCCAAUACCUCGACCAACUUCUCCAUCACCCCACCCCUAAAGUCAGCCUUCCACCCCCAGCUCAAAAGGGGGGCCUGAAUCGCUUCCGUGCUGCCGUCCACAGCACCCAAGACUUCCUGUCCCUGAUGUCGAAGGCAAAGGAGCUGCACGUGGAGAACAUCAACCUGUACAUACCCUCCAAGCUUCUCCUGGAUGAUCAGCCAUCUGCUCACUUGCUGGGUUCAGCCCCAAACCAGGGCGCCCAGUUUUCCAUCCUCCCUGGCAAGAUGAGUCUCCUCAAGGAAGCAAGCGGGAAGGUGGACUGCCAGGCCUUGGUGGACCAGCUCCGUGAAUGCCAGACACUGCAGAACCAGGCCAGCUGCCUCCAUCUCCUCCACACCCUCAAGGGGCCCGACUGGGACACUGAGAUCCAUGGCAUCAGUGGGGCCACCGUCAAGGCUCUCCUGGUGGAGCUCUAUGGCAAAGCUGGGGCGACUUGCCAAUGGGCCCUGAUCCGCUACAUCUCUGGCAUCCUGAAGAAGAAGGUGGAGGCCCUGGACGAGGCCUGCACAGACCUCUUGUCGCACCAGAAGCACCUGACGGUGGGGCUGCCCCCAGAGCCUCGGGAGAAGACCAUCUCUGCUCCCCUGCCCUACGAGGAGCUCACCCAGCUGAUAGACGAGGCCAGUGAGAAGAACGUGAACCUCUUCAUCCUGACGCAGGAGAUCAUGGUCUACCUUGCCAUGUACAUCCGGACGCAGCCUGCCCUGUUUGCGGAGAUGUUUCGCCUGCGUGUUGGGCUUAUCAUCCAGGUGAUGGCAAUGGAGCUGGCCCAGUCGCUCUGUUGCUCAGACGAAGAAGCUGCUGAAAGCUUGAUGAAUCUCAGCCCGUCCCAUAUGAAGAACCUUCUUCAUCACAUCCUCAGUGGCAAAGAAUUUGGUGUGGAGAGAAGCGUGCGGGCCACAGAUUCUGCCCUGACCCCAGCAGUUUCCAUCCGUGAGUUUGGAGCUGUGGGAGCAACGAAGUCGGAACGCACCGGCAUUGUCAAUCUCAGGAGUGAGAUCAAGCAGCAACUGGAUAGACGUAGGCGGUCUUUGUCCGAGAGUAAGGCUGGAGCCCUGCAUUUCUUGGAAGAUGGAGCAGACCCUGCCCAGUUGUCCAGAUCCUCCCUGGCUCCAGGCAGAAGAGAUCCCACUCAGGCUCCCGGGGAUUCCUCCACCAAGGACGGGCGUCAAGGGCAGUGGCUGCGGAGGCGGCGGCUGGACGGGGCCCUCAACAGAGUCCCAGUGGGGUUCUACCAGAAAGUCUGGCGGAUCCUGCAGAAGUGCCACGGGCUUUCCGUUGAAGGCUUUGUUCUCCCUUCUUCCACAACUAGAGAGAUGACUCCUGGAGAAAUCAAGUUUGCAGUCCAUGUUGAGUCCGUGCUAAACCGAGUCCCUCAGCCUGAGUACCGGCAGCUCUUUGUAGAAGCUAUCCUGGUCCUGACGCUGCUGACAGAUGCCGACGGCCCCAGCAUCGGGGGCCUGGUGGCCGUGGACCGGAUUGUGCAUGUUGCAAAUGAUUUGUUCUGCCAAGAGCAGAAAAUCCUGGGGGCCGAUGACCCCAUGCUGGAAAAGGACCCGGCCACUGGCAUUUGCAAGCUGUUCUAUGACAGUGCUCCGAGCGGCAGGUUUGGCAGCUUGACCUACCUCUCCCGAGCUGUGGCCACCUGCGUGCAGGAGUUCCUCCCAAGCAGUGGCUGCACCACGCAGUGAAACUGUCCGGAUUCCUCAGCACCAAGAGCCCCCUUG